CACCAUCACCUCUUCCCUCACUCAUCUCCCCUGGUGAUUCGGGGUUCCCCUUCUCCUUAAACAAGAUGUCUCACCAGAAAAAGCAGCCCACUCCCUGCCCUCCUGUGGGUUGUGGAAAGACCUCUGGUGGAGGAGGCGGCGGCGGCGGCGGCUAUUAUAGCGGUGGUGGUAGCGGUGGCGGCUCUGGCUGCGGAGGUGGCUCAUCUGGAGGAGGCUCUAGCUGCGGAGGCGGAGGCGGUGGUUCCUACGGAGGUGGUUCCAGCUGCGGCGGCGGAGGCGGCUCCGGUGGGGGCGUCAAGUACUCCGGAGGCGGCGGUGGCUCUAGCUGCGGCGGCGGCUACUCCGGGGGCGGCGGCGGCUCCAGCUGCGGAGGUGGCUACUCCGGGGGCGGCGGCGGCUCCAGCUGCGGAGGUGGCUACUCCGGAGGCGGCAGCGGCUCCAGCUGCGGCGGUGGCAGCUACUCCGGGGGUGGCUCCAGCUGUGGAGGCGGUGGCGGCUCUGGUGGGGGCGUCAAGUACUCCGGUGGUGGCGGCGGCGGCGGCUCUAGCUGCGGCGGCGGCUACUCCGGCGGCGGCGGCUCCAGCUGCGGAGGCGGAUCAGGAGGCGGCGGCUCCUACUGCGGAGGCUCCUCCGGAGGCGGCAGCUCCGGUGGCUGCGGCGGCGGUUCCGGAGGGGGCAAAUACUCUGGUGGCGGUGGUGGCUCCAGCUGCGGCGGCGGCUACUCUGGCGGCGGUGGAAGCAGCGGUGGCUCUAGCUGUGGCGGCGGCUACUCAGGCGGUGGUGGCUCCAGCUGCGGCGGCGGUGGAUAUUCUGGUGGCGGCGGCAGCAGCUGCGGAGGUGGUUCCUCCGGUGGUGGCGGCGGCGGAUCGUCCCAACAAUAUCAGUGCCAGAGCUACGGAGGCGGUUCUAGCGGUGGCUCCAGCUGCGGCGGCGGCUACUCCGGGGGCGGAGGCUCUAGCUGCGGUGGCGGCUACUCCGGGGGCGGAGGCUCUAGCUGCGGAGGCGGCUCCUCCGGUGGUGGUUCCAGUUGCGGCGGCAGCGGCGGCGGCAGCUAUUCCGGUGGUGGCGGUGGCAGCAGCUGCGGCGGAGGAUCCUCUGGCGGCGGCGGGGGCUAUUACUCCUCGCAGCAGACCAGUCAGACCUCCUGCGCCCCCCAGCAGAGCUACGGGGGUGGCUCUUCCGGCGGAGGCGGUAGCUGCGGAGGUGGCUCCUCCGGCGGCGGCGGCGGCGGUGGCUGCUACUCUAGCGGUGGUGGCGGCGGCAGCGGUGGCUGCGGUGGAGGCUACUCCGGAGGCGGCGGUGGCUGUGGCGGCGGCUCUUCCGGGGGCAGCGGCGGUGGCUGCGGAGGCGGCUCUUCCGGGGGCAGCGGCGGUGGCUGCGGAGGCGGCUACUCCGGAGGCGGCGGCGGUGGCUCCAGCUGCGGAGGCGGCUCCUCUGGGGGCGGAUCUGGAGGUGGCAAGGGUGUGCCAGUCUGCCACCAGACCCAGCAGAAGCAGGCGCCCACCUGGCCGUGCAAGUAAGCUCACCGGGCUGCAACGGAGACAACAGAGCUGGAAGAGUUCUCCGUGGGCGCCUAUGAGCUUAACUCACUCAUGAAUUUGCCUGAGGUUUCCAAACCCUUCACAUUUUAAAAGCCCCCUCCCCCAGAAGAAGCCAUUGAGUCGCUCAAGGUGUAUUUUGUUCUUCAGAUUUUUCCAUCUUGGUUUCUGAAUGACUACCUCCCAGUUCUAGUGUCUCCUCAGUCAAUAAAAUUGCAAUUCAUGAGAA